AUGGAUACCAAAAGUCUUGGUGAUCAACAAUUUUGUUUAUAUGCCGCUUUUUUUAACGAUUUGUCGUACAAUAUCAAUCUUGAUACAUGUUUAUUAUCAGCUGAAACAUUAUACAAACAAUUAUCUGAACAUCGUGAUGUUCCUACAUCGAUUGCAAAUCUUUUGGCCAUUAAAGAAUCAAAGAUAUUAUUAUCAUCAACAUCACAAACUAUCGUUUCUUCAUCUUCGACAGCGUCAUUCAAAACAAAAAAAUUGACAUUGGACGGCAAACGCGUUGAACUAGCAAUAUGGGAUACAGCUGGACAGGAAAGAUUUCGAGCUUUAGGACCACUUUAUUAUCGAGAUAGCAAUGGUGCAAUACUUGUAUUUGAUAUUACAGAUGAAGAUUCAUUUGAAAGAGUGAAAAGUUGGACAAAAGAAUUGAGACGUAUACUUGGAAAUGAUUGUGUAUUAUGUAUUGUCGGCAAUAAAAUUGAUCUCGAAAAAGAUCGACAUGUUCCGAUGCAAAUAGCAGAAGACUAUGCAAAAUCAGUUGGUGCUAAACUAUAUCAUACAUCAGCAAAAUCAAACAAAGGAAUUGAAGAAUUAUUCAACGAUUUAGCACAAAGACUGUUAGAACGUUUACCCGCAACAACGGGUGGGACAGACGCUGUUAAUGGUCCGAAUCGUAUAUCAACAGGUAAACCACGUGGUAUUGCUAUAGAACAAUCAUCAACUGAACAAAAUAAUGGUGGACGUUCGGGUGGAGGCUGUUGUUCGUAG